AUGGCGACUAUCUCGAGCUCCUUGGUGGAGCUGCCCCUCGAGCAGCUCGCGCUUUACCAUGUUAUGGAUCCAUAUUUGUCGUCUGUGUUUGUUUUCUACGGGUCGGUCGCAACUGCCAAUUCUACUGCUAGCAGCACGCGAAACCAAGCCCAUAUCUUCACCGCUGCUGGCGUCAAAAGCUACCCGCGCAUUAUCGUCUCACCCGCAGCGCCCUUGUACGCCGCGGUCAACCAUCUUCCACGAGAGAAACAAGGCGAUGAGACCUGCCGUGGCCUGGCUGUCAGCCUCUUAAAGUACUUCAAAGACUUGUCCGAUCCAGCCAAAGACAGCUUGACGCAGUUCGCAAAGGCGGGAAAAUCAUCUGGGCGGAUUCCGAAAAUGUUCGAAGAAAGCCAUGCUGCCGAACUGGCUAAUCGAAUGGCGAGGAUAAAUAACACCAGUGAAAUUGUGCGCGAUCUUCGAGAUGCAUACGAAGACAAAAAGGUGCCUUGGAUUGAUGUGGACGUCAUAAUACCUGCAGGCUCAAUGGUUGAAUCCGCAGCAGCAAGUAACCAAAGUGCAACCGAGACAGACGAGGUUAUUGACGACAGCCAAGCCAAUAAACAGUAUGGAAAAUACUCCCCAUUGAUUGAGUCCCUUGGAGAUCCGAUGUUUCUUCCUACUUCUCGUCUUCGACGAGCGCCUUCGCAGCCCACAAAUCUAAGCAAGUCGAAAGUUUUCACCAAAAUUCAAAAAGAGUCCCUACGCCUAGCUAUGUGUGAGGUAGUUGAUACCGAAGAGCGCUAUGUCAGCAAAGUAUAUGACUUAGUUCACAAUGUUGUGCAGGAAUUUCAGCAAAAGGCUCGCUCAAAAACUGUCUCUAGUUCCAGUCCAGACGAAACUGCCUUAGCAGAGCUGUUUCCACCAUGUCUCAACGAAAUAUUAGAAGUCAAUAUGGGAUUUUUGGAGGUGAUUCGCCAGAUCUUGGAAAAUACAGAACACGAAGCCAUCGCAGAUUUAGCACAGGAUACAGACUUACAAACAUCGACAUCCAGUCGCAAUCUUGCGAAAGAAGGAAAAGAUCCAUUGGGGACAGUUGCAUUUGCAAAUGCACUUAUCGAAUGGUUUCCUCGUUUUUCCACACCAUAUGCUGAUUACAUGAAAGCCCACACUGGGUUCACUCAAACCUUGAAUUCUUUUCUGAGAGACGAGAAGUCCAGCUUCUCUCGUCGAGUCUAUGAAACCGGCGAGCAAAAGUUACGUUCCUUACUUAUGGAGCCUGUCCAGCGGUUACCCAGAUAUAGUCUUCUUAUUGAUGCCAUGACAAAUAAUAUUCCUUCAAUUCAUCCUUCCGUGAGACUAUUCCUCAAGGCUCGAGAUAUUAUCAAAGAUAUUUGCUCUCUGGAUACCCCGGCAAAUACAGACUACAGCCAGAGUCUCAAACGAGUUGUCAACCUGGUCGAAUAUUGGCCACCUCCCGUUAUUCCUCAAGGUCGUCUAAUCAAUGCCGUCGACUCGUCCGAAAUACUUCCACCUUUCCGCGUCGGGGACCAGGACCAUUCAGUUGGUAACAAUAUUAUGAUGCUUCUUUACAGAAACUGCCUGGUAUUGUUAUCACGAACCCCAGGAAGUCAGAUGACAGCACGCACUCUUCUGUCAGAAGUAGAGAACCAGGCUAGUCCCGUGAGCCAGAAACCAUUAUCACAGACGAAUCCACAAUUCCGAUUUAUCAGGGCUUUCGACCUAGCUACUUUGUUUUGCUUACAGUCAGACACUGGUCAUAUUUUGUAUCUUAUGCCUAGCAGCGGUAUCCGUGCUGAGGCCCUUGGUUCCACUCAAUCCACUCCGCAAGCCCUCCUAUUAUCGGGGAUAUACGAAGGACGGGCUAGUCGGUUCAUUGAAGAAAUUCUCAAGGCAAAGAUUGAAGGUCGAUUCUCCGAGAGAGAACGGGAAAGUGGAAAAUGGACUUUACGAAGUCCAACAGUGCCAUCUGGAAGUCUGGGGAUACUCGCCCCGGUGUUUGAAGAGGGUCCCAGCGGGUCAAUGCAACGGUCGGGUUGUUCAAGAAUCAGGAUGGUAUUUGAUACACCAAAAGCGAUCUGCAUGAAAACUUUGGACAAUGCAUCGGUUGACUUGAUAGUCUCCGUGACUUUGGCUGAAAGUAAUCAAUAUAGAAUGGAGAUCUCUACUACUACUGGCUUCAAUGCUGUCGAAAUCGUAUCCACCGAUGAGUUUGUAUCCACCCUCUCAGCAAGACUCUGUACCGUUCUCCCCGCCAUGCACCAUCCGCAGAACCCCAGUUUGUCAGAAACUCUGGUAUAUGCAAAUUUAGACAUACUUCGCCAAAUUGGAAGUCACAUUAUAUCUCAAACGAGGGCUUCUCGUGGCUUUCGCCCUCCAUCUCCUACCAAACUUAUCUCGAAUCUUUGGGGUGGAAGUCAACAAAAGGACCCCCCGAUGUUAUCCAAGGCAUUUAAUCCAACUUUGGCUCUUGGUGACAUUCCCAAAAUGGCCCCUAAAUCUUCUGUACGGCCGACGACUUCUCCUUCCACCUUUGAUGAACCACCUCCCAAAAUUUCUAUCGUCGCACCUACUAAUGCAAAAGAGAACGAUCGCCUCCAACUUCUGGAACAAACCUUCUCCUCCUACAUUCUUGCUUUACGGUCGCGAAGCGGUAAUAUAGUUGGUCGUAGCUUGAGGGCGAGAGCAAGUGCAGACCGAACCCUGGUUAAUGAACUUUACAAUGUUCUUCUAGAAGACCCAAAUAAGCUUCAAGCUGCUGCUGAAGUCCCUGUCGAUGUUCUGUUUGUAGCAUUCGAGACGUUCAUCACCAACGCCUGGAAAGAUCAAAUUGGCUCAAUUCUCCCACCUGACAACCUUAAAGCUGUGCAAACUAACUUCGAUUCUCUAUUCCCCAGAGACUUUGAAAAUUUCUUUCGGCAGACUAUUAACGAACUAAGUCCACAAAAUCGACGCGCUUUGACAGCGAUGGUUCGACUUUUGUCUGAGCUUUUGGAUGCCUCUGGGAAUGACGGUGACCGCGGUGCAUUGACUGCUGCAUUUGCGGAAAUUCUUACCAUUAACGAGGAGCCAAUGCAGUACAUAUCUUUACUUGACCGGCUAGUAGAUGACUUCGAUAAGCUCUUCGAAGAAACGACAAAUACAUACAAGUCACAUGAGACUACGCCGAGUAGACCCCUGUCAUCCCACGCCGGUUCAAUAGGUUCUAACGCAUCGUCGUUCCGAAAAAGAUUUGGUUUUGGUCUAAAUCGAGAAAAUUCUACCCGAUCUGACGGAGAGAGUAAAGUGAGCUCACUCAUUAGAACUCUAAGUAAGACGAAAAACCUUGGAAAUGACCCGGAAGGGAAAAUUCCAUUGUCUCGUUCUAGAUCUACGGACACCGAUUCAAGGCUGGUGGAUCUUCUACGGCCAUCACCCCGUGAACGACCUACAUUAUAUGGUGCUUUCUUGUCAGAAGACAAUAUUCGACGUCCCGGAAGUGCACAUGAUGACAGUUUCAUUUUGCACUCUAUUGACGAACGGCCUUCUACGCCGCAGAAAGAUCCAGGGCGCAGAAAGAAAAGGCGAAGUUCUCUUUCAGAUCUUCCAACCCCUAUCACACCAACCCGCUCAGCAGCACUUUCACCGAUUGACAUUCCAAAACCUCUCACGCCGGCAUCUCGGCCCCGUCCCCAAUCUGAGUUUUUAUCUGAUUUCAAACAGAUACAGACCCAAGACAGUCCCGUCACAAGUUCUCCCAGUCGAAUUCCCCAGACACCUCAUUCUCCAGCCCGUAUUGUUGGAUCUAGACGCCCAGCAUCCCCAGUGCGCCGUCCUACCUCUCCCAUUCGAUUAGGAUCUCCGGUCCGCAAAGAGAACGCCCAACCGCGCCCGAAGUUGACUGAAAGAGCCGUCAAUAAAAAGACCGAAAGUCCGAUGUCGCCAUUACAAACUCGAAAGAAACGGUCUGAUACCCUUACUAGUAUACCCCAACCAGCGAAGACUCCAUUGCAAUCCAAGGAUCGGCCAUUUACUUCUCAUGGUCCAGAUUCCUUGAAUAGGCGUGAUAUUCUCCCGUCUUCUCCACAAAAGUCUCAAAGACUCCGCGUGCAGAGUCCUCAAAAGCUUCGAGAUCGCCUUCAAAGCGAGAAACAGGCUCAGAGCAGUGCCGAAUCUACCUUUCAGUCUGAACUACAGCUUAUCGGCGAAGAGAUAUCGGCUCUCACAUGGUCAUCCUCGCCAACUAAACAACGUAGACCAACAUCAUCGGACAAUUCUCUGCCGGGGACUAUGAUCAGUCGCGUGCGUAGUCUGGAGAAUCGAUUCGCCACUUUCAGUACUGAAAUCAACAAUCGUACCGCCGCUUUGCAAAAAGAUCUAGAGGUCUCUUUAGCUGUGAGCGAAAAGAGAGCCAAAAAACUAGACGAACUUUAUCGCGACGCCAGUGCCGAAAAUGAAGCGCUUUAUGACAAAUUCAACAAGGAGUUGAGCAGGGUUGUUAAAGAUAUCCGGGCUGGUAACGGUGAACAAAGCUUGCAGACUCAACUCAGCGAGGCUCUUGAGGAACUCGGACGGGUUAAAAAGGAGAAUUUGAGGUUGAAACGAGAGGUUGGUGGACUAAAAGCCGUUCGAGCUGAUACCGAAUCACAAAGCAGAAAAGGUGGAAGCGGUGAUGAUGUGUGA